AUUUAUCGAUCCUAUUUGAAUACUUGUUAAAACUCAACCACGUCACCUCUCCUCGUACUGCCAGCAGGCACAACAGGUCGCCCCCUCCCCUCGCCAUUCUGUAGCCUGACAGCACCGGGGUGAAUCGGGCCGUGCUCCGUGAAACGUGCCCACGGCGGGACUGUGGGAAAGUGCAGGGGAGAGGGCAUCCAAACAUUGUCAUGUUAAUGUCGGUGGGUGGAGAGGUGUCAGGGUCCCUGGGCUACGGUGCGUAAAAGGCAUUUGAGGCCAGAGAACAGUGCUUAGUCAUUUCCACGCAAGGCCCCGAGUUUAGCGUCUUUUCUCCGUCCGUUCAUGGAUCACAUCCUUGGCUGUUGAUAGCCCGCUAAAGCAGUUUUGUGCAGCAGAGUUUCCUUGAUUAGAGGGCGGAACGGGGCCCUGGAGAGAGAUCAAAACGAGAUCCCCAAGUCUUGUGGUGUGAAGCGCGAGCUCAGUCGGUGCAGAAAUGACCGCCUCAACCAUGCAGGGAAACGACAAGAACUCAAGCGCCAAAGAGGAGCGAAAACUCAGGAAGCCGCUCAUAGAGAAAAAGAGGCGGGAGCGGAUCAACUGCAGUUUGGAGCAACUGAAGGGGAUUAUGGUUGAUGCUUACAACCUGGAUCAAUCGAAGCUGGAGAAGGCAGAUGUGUUGGAGAUUACAGUGCAGCACAUGGAAGGCCUACAGAAGGGAAACAGAACAGGCAGCCCAGCAGGCCCCGGCGAGGGCUCCGGGUUCGAGGCCCGUCAGCGCUACAGCACGGGCUACAUCCAGUGCAUGCACGAGGUCCACAACCUGCUGCUCAGCUACCCCGGCCUGGACAAGAGCCAGGGAGCCCGCCUGCUCAACCACCUGCUGGGAUCCCUGCCCCACGUUGACGCCGGUGGAGCCGGGAGGACCGGGAGCCUCGGUAGCGUGGCGGUUAGCGACGGCGGCGCUGUUUCUUCCGGGAGCCCUCUUUCCGGUUCUGGUUCUGGUCCAGGUACCCCUCCCUGCUCCCCCCUCUCGCUCCCUGCCGGAGCCCCCUUCAGGCCCCGUCGUCGUCUCCUCCUCCUGCCCCCUCCCUCGUCCCCCUCGCCCCCCCGGCCUCCCCCCCACGCCCCCCAGGAGUCGGUGAUGGAAGAAGAGCCGGGUGUGGUGAGGGAGAUGCCCCCAGCGUCCCUCCCCGGCUCUCCUCCCCCUGUCUCCCCCGCCCUCCCCCAGCCCCUGGCGCCAGGAGCCCACUCUGGCCUCCCCCAGUUUCUCCGUGGGGGAGACCCCUCGAUGUGGAGGCCAUGGUGAGGGUGGAGAAAAAGACACACACACACACACGCGCACACUGUCACACAUGCACACUCACGCAUACACUCUCACACGCUCUCACACAUGCACACUCACGCUCACACACACACUCAAAGCAUUGUAAGGAGAAGCUUGGCGUUGCACAAACUCUGCACAUCGUGUUCUGCAUUUUGAACGAGCACUAAACAAAACACAGGAAGUGCUCCUGCAGAGGCAACUUGCCAAGUGGAUCUACAGUUUCACUCAUGCUAAUGUAAAACCAAUAUGGUAUCCUGCAACUGGGAGAUUAUAGCGCCCCUGUCGGGUCAUAACUGAAAAAUAUUAUAUUUUUGUUGAAGUAAAUGCUUGAUUGUCCCUCUCACCUUUCAUGUUAAAGAAAGCAAUUACAUUUGUGUACAGUUUCAUAAAAUUAUUUGUUGGUGAUUUUUCUGUUAAUUCAUCUUACUUUAAAACGUAGGCUAUAUCACUGUUG